CUCUCCUCCCUCCAGCCGACGCUAACCUGCUCCACACAGAACACAGCCAGAGCCAGAAAGAGAGAGAGAGAAAGAGAGCAGAGGACCUGAUUAUCUCCUAAAAACCACCAUCUAAACACUCUCAGGAUCCGCAGACAGGGACAGCAGACGAUCUGAAGAUGAGUUGCUUUGGAUUUUUGAAAGCUUUAAUGUUCGUCUUCAAUGGCGUCAUCUUUCUGGCAGGAGCUGGUAUAUUAGCGGUGGGGAUCUGGGUGAAGGUGGACAGCGGCUCCAUCCUGAACUUCUUACAGAAUCUGAAUAAUGCGCCGGGCGAGCUGAAGCAGGUGCUGAACGUGGGCUACCUGCUGAUCGCUCUGGGCUCGGUUCUGAUGGUGAUGGGCUUCCUGGGCUGCUGCGGCGCCGUGCGGGAGAGCAGGUGUAUGCUUCUGCUGUUCUUUGUCAUUCUUCUGAUCGUCUUCAUCGCUGAGGUGGCUGGAGCCAUUGUGCUGCUGGUUUUUAAGGGAGUGGUACAGCAGCUGAUCACUGAAGUGGGGGUCAUCAUCGUGAACAGCAUUAAAAAGGACUACGGAAAGAAUCCAGAUAUCACUGGCCUGUUGAACACGACCAUGAAUACGCUAAAAUGCUGUGGAUUCAACAACUAUACAGACUUCCGGAAUUCUACCUUCAGUAAUAACGGCACCACCUAUCCUCCCUACUGCUGUAACGUGACAAUCUGUACUGAAGGAAACGCCACCAUUGCGAAAGUUCCUGGGUGUUUCCCUGCACUGGUUUCACUGGUAAAUUCAAAUGCGUCUAUCAUCGUAGGUGUGGCAUUGGGAAUCGCAGCUCUGGAGCUCACUGCCAUGACCAUCUCCAUGAUCAUGUAUUGCAAGAUAAAGGGAAAAUAAUGCAGAGGAAAUCCUGAGAAAAAGAUGCUUCCAGACAUUUCAGAUGUGCAGAUUCAAUGCAGACAAAACUAAUUUUAAGUAACAUUUUUAAUAUAUUUUAUACAUUUGUUUUCCUUUUGUACAAUUGUGACAUUAUGUGAAGGAUUUGAUUAGUUUAAAGUAUCAUUUAUGUUGAUUUAAGAAUGUGAUCCAUUAAAUUAGGUACUUUGAUUUAAUGAAUGGAUUACUUAUCUUUUUUUGUGUUUUUUUUACUUGAAGUAAUUUGAUACGUUUUGUAAAGGCAUAUGAAGGAUUUUCCUGAAAUUAUUCAGUACACUGUUAAUAAUGUGAUUAAUCCUGUGAAUUAACUUUGUAUGAUCCAUGUUUCUGCGCAGUCAAGUGUAAAUGUAACUAAUAUGUCUAUUUUAAUACAUAUAAAAUUAAAAUGUUGUUUUUAUCUAGAAUCAUUCAGUAAAAUGCCAAAGAACUUUUAAUGCAGAUGGAGCUUGCUUUAUAUUUAUAUAAAAUACAUUAUGCCAUACUAGGCCAUUUUAAUAUAUACUGUCCCAGCAAUUCUUUAAAAAACAUUCAUAAAUAUAUAUUUAAUAUUUAAAUUGGAUAACAGUGUAUGUUUUUAACCUGAUUAAUAAUAAAAUCCAGAUGUCUUA